GCUGGCCAGCGUGCUGACGGCGCGCGGUGACUAUGCAGAGGCGGAGCCGCAGUGCCGGCGAGUCCUGAAGACCAGCGAAACCGCGACCCUCAGAGAGGUCCACAAUCUCACGGGUAUGCUGCGACUUGCAGGAAAGCUGGCGGAGGCUGAGACUUUGUGCAGAAGAGCUUUGACUGAACGCGAAAGUGUGCUGGGAGAGAUGCAUGCGGAGACCCUGGAGUCGGUGAACAUGCUCGGGUCAGUCUUGUGGCAGCAGGGGAAUCUGGAAGAGGCUGAGGUGGUUUGCAGGAAAGCUUUAGAGGGACGGGAGACGCUGCUCGGGGAUAAGCAUCUGGACACAUUGGUGUCAGUCAACAAUCUUGCGUUGGUGCUGGAGCGUCAGGGCAAGCUCCAAGAGGCCGAAGUGCUUCAGAGAAGGGCUCUAGCCGGACGGGAGGCACAGCUCGGGGCGAUGCAUCCCGAGACAUUGAUAUCCGUCAACAAUCUUGCGGUGGUGCUUCACACCCAGGGCAACCUCGAAGAGGCCGAAGGCCUUUACCGAAGAGCGCUGGCAGGCGUGGAAGCGCAACUGGGAGCUAAUCAUCCGGACACAUUGUUGUCCGUCAACAACCUUGCGCACUUGCUGCGUCAACUGGGCAAGCUCCAAGACGCCGAAGGCCUUUACCGAAGAGCGGUAGCAAGCCAAGAAGCUCAGCUUGGAGCCGGUCAUCGGAGCACCCUGCGCUCCGUCUUCGGUCUCGCGCUCCUUUUGGAGGCGAAGGGCGGCCACCUGGCCGAGGCGCGGAGAGCGGUCGCUCCGAGCCGUGGAGCCGAG